AUGGCUCUAGCAGGUCAGAUCGCUAUCGUGACUGGUGCUUCCCGAGGAAUCGGACGAGGUGUCGCUCUCCAGUUGGGAGAAGCGGGGGCUGUGGUGUAUGUGACUGGGAGACGUCCUACUGAGAGUGAUGCGUCGAAAGAUGUUUCUCUACCACAAUUAGAGCAAGUAGCUAAAGAUGUAACAGCUCGUGGUGGGAAAGGAAUAGUUUAUUAUUGCGAUCAUGGAAAUAUGGACGAGGUGAAAGCGCUGUUUGAUCAUGUUGAGAAAUCCCACAAUGGAAGAUUAGAUGUUCUUGUCAAUAAUGCUUAUGCGGCGGUCCAGACAAUAAGCAAGAAUAUGAACAAGAAGUUUUUCGAAUGUCCUCCAGAAAUGUGGGAUGAUGUUAACAAUGUUGGGUUGAGAAAUCAUUACUAUUGUUCUGUAUACGGAGCCCGUCUUAUGCAUAGAAACGGCUAUGGAUUGAUUGUUAACAUCAGUUCCCCUGGAGGGCUCAAAUAUUUGUUCAAUGUGCCUUAUGGAGCUGGUAAACAAGCGUUGGAUCGCUUAUCAGCGGAUAUGGCAGUAGAGCUUCAAAGAAGCAAUGUUUGUGUAGUCUCUCUUUGGCCAGGAGCUGUUCGUACAGAAUUAGUUACAAAAUAUUUUCUGAAUGGGCCACCAACUGAUGGCGGUAACUCUUCGGUUCGGGAAACAUUCUCUAAUGGCGAAACAAUAGAAUAUCCUGGAAAAGCUGUUGUAGCGCUUGCAAAAGAUCCAAGACGCAUGGAAAAAACAGGACGUACGUUGAUUACUGCAGAUAUCGGAUCUGAGUAUGGUUUUAUGGAUGUAGACGGACGUGAACCACCCAACUUAAGAAGUUUAUCAACCAUAUUAAACCAAUUGGGAUACAAGCAGACAGCAGCAUGGAUCCCAGAUUGGAUAAAAUUACCAGGAUGGGUUCUGUGGGCUCACACCAGUAGACUUUAA